AUGUACUAUAAGAUGUUCUUGAAGCUCGACUUCAUGGAUUCAAAUCUACUACCGUCAGCAUACCCCUUAUUUGGCUUCAAGGUGAAUCCAGAAUACCCUCUCGGCAAGGUCACGGUUGCGAUACGUACAGGCACUAAGACCCUCGAUAUGGAGUUUCUGGUCGUUAAACUACCAUCGUCGUAUAAUAUCAUCAUGAGAAGAACUUGGCUACAUGCGAUACAGGCCGUAUCGAGCACCUAUCACCAGCUACUCCGCUUCCCAACACAACAUGGCAUUAAGCAAAUUCGAGGCUCUCAGAAGUCGGCAAAGGAUUGCUACCUUACUACUUCCGACAAGAAGUCAAAGGAGCUGGAGGUUAAUUCAAUUGAAAUCCUAGACCGGGAGAACCUCGAGGAUGUUAGGAAACUCCCCAUUGAUAAGGCAAUUGAGAAUCUCGUGCAGAUUCAAUUUGGUCAUGAACCAAAUAUAUUCUUCCUGAUCGGCGCCUGUCUGAAUUUCAACGAACGUCAGGAGUUAAUUUCAUUCCUAGUCAAUAAUAGUAAUGUAUUCGCCUGGACGCCUUAUGAAAUGCCAGGAGUAGACCCCAUCAUAGUACAACACCGUUUGAACGUGGACCUAAAGGUUAAGCCCAUCAUCCAGAAGAGUCGUCAAUCGGCAGCCGAGCAUACUUCGGCCAUUGUCGAAGAAGUUGACAAGCUUCUUGAGGCCAGUGCAAUCCGCGAAGUGAAUUACCCCACCUGGUUGUCCAACACUGUUGUUGUGAAGAAGAAAAAUGGGUCUUGGGGCGUCUGCAUGGACUUCACGAACCUGAAUAAGGCCUGUCCCAAGGAUUGCUUCCCCUCCCAUGAAUCAACCGGUUAG